AUAUUCAUCUAACGACAACCCCAAAAGCUUUACCUUUUUCUCCUCCUCAACCCUAUAAAUUCUUAAUCUAAACCUUACCAUAAGUAGCUAAAAGAUAACCUUCUUUUAUAAACAUCACAUUUCCUUGCUUCCAAGAAAUAUAUAUAUAAGGUACUCCUCUUAACUAUUUUUCCCGUAACGGUGAUCGCUUCACCGAUAAGUCCGGCAAGGGCUUCUUUGAUCGGAAACAAAUUACACUUUGGGGGAGAUAGUAUGGAUAUGUCAAACUGGGAGCAGAAGAAUUUGCUAAGCGAGGAGCUGGUUCAUGGUCUGAAGGCGGCAAAGCAGCUCCAAGCUGAGCUCGGAACAGCUCCAUCGUUAUCUUCUUCUUCCUUAUGUUUGACGACUGAGAUGAGAGAAACCCUCCUACAUCAGAUCGUUUCUUCGUACGAGAAAGCUAUUUGGAUGCUCAACGGUUCCAACAUAGUACACAGUCCGACGGCGGAGAUGGUAAAUCUUGCGGCGGAUCCGGUAGCUAACACCGGUAAAGUUCCAGAAUCUCCGACUUCGAUCAACGGAAGUCCGAGAAGUGAAGAGUUUCUCGAUGGAGGAUCCAAAGAUUACAACUUGAGCUCUAAAAAGAGGAAGAUGUUGCCGAAGUGGACAGAGCAAGUGAGAAUAAGCCCAGAGAGAGGCUUAGAAGGACCUCACGAUGAUGUCUUCAGCUGGAGAAAAUAUGGCCAGAAGGACAUUUUAGGCGCCAAAUAUCCAAGGAGUUAUUACAGAUGUACAUUUCGUAACACGCAGAAUUGUUGGGCCACGAAACAGGUCCAGAGAUCAGACGAUGAUCCUACGAUAUUUGAUUUGACAUACAAAGGAACACACACUUGCUCACAGGGGAUCCGGCCUCCAGAGAAGCGAGAAACUAGACCAAACACAACACUCGUUAAUUACCAAAAUGACCUUCUCGACAAUCUCAGUACCAAUCUCACAGUCCGUACAAACGGGAACGAAAGCGAAGCUUUUUCAUUCCCUUUUACGCCGCCGUUUUACGCUUUCGAGUCCGAUUUCGGGAACGGCGCUGGAACGUUUGGCCAUGUGGGAAGUUCUGGUCCGUCGAAUUUUACAGGAUUGAUUUCUACUAAUACCUCUACAGGAAGUUCCCCAAUUUUCGACGUGGAUUUUCAGUUUGAUCCAACGGCGGAGAUUAACACUGGUCUCCACACGUUUCUCCAUGAUUCGGUUUAACUUCAAUUACGGAUUACAAUAUUUCUUUGGGAUUAAUACUUUAAUAGUGCAAAAUAAAAGAUUUUAGUUUGAUAAAACAUUUUCCAACUAGUUUGAUGACACU